UGAGGGAAGCCAGAAGCAGAUCGAGAGAUCAGAUAGAUCAUACCGAUCAUCAUGGUGAUGAAGGGGUGUAAGGAAGUUGCAUUAGCAAAAAUGUCUUUCCCAAAAGCGCCACUGGUUUUGUUGGAUGGAGAAAAAGCCGAUCGCAAGUCUGUUGGCAACGCUUUUGCCUGCUAUUCAUACUCGCCGGAGAGACGAAUUGUAUGCGUCACCAGCGCCAACUCGUGCUUGGGUGCUCACUUGGCCAAGAAGCUAUUGGCUCGUGGUUACCUUGUUCGAGUCACCAUUCAGAAUCCAGGGAAUUACGAGGACAUGAAGGAGCUCCUGAAUGAAGAAGAGAUAAGCCAAUUAGAGAGUGUGGUGGUGGCAAAGAUGGGAGAUGUAGAAAGUCUCUGUGAUGCUUUUAGAGGUUGCCAUGGAAUUUUUCACACCUCCGCUUUCAUUGAUCCGCGUGGAAUAUCUGGUUAUACGGAACGAAUGGCAUUUCUUGAGGCAGAAGGAGCAAGAAAUGUGAUUGAAGCUUGCGGUAGAGCUGCAUACUCGAAAAGAUGCAUCUUCACCUCUUCCCUUCUCGCAACUUUCUGGAAGGGUGACGAAAAUGACACUGGACAAGUCAAAGUAGAUGAGGGUUGUUGGAGUGAUGAGGACUUCUGUAGAGAAAACAAGCUAUGGCUUGCCUUGGGUAAAACAAGAGCUGAGAAGGUUGCUUGGAGGAAGGCACGAGAACUGAAGGUCAAUCUCGUUACCCUCUGCCCCAGCCUCCUGAUGGCUCCAUCAUUCCCAAAUGCUCUUGUUGAAACCUCGAUUCCUUACCUUAAAGGUGGGCAAAUCAUGUUUCGACGAGGCGUUUUAGCGACUGAAGAUGUGAAUGAGAUGGCAGAGACACAUGCGGGCGUUUACCAGGACAUGGAUUAUGGGGCUUGUGGACGAUAUAUUUGCUAUGGAAAAAUAAUUACAAGAUUAGAAGAGGCCAUUCAACUUGAGAGUAGCUUGAAGAUGCAUGGCCUGCUGUCUGGAGAAACUGCAGGUCAACUAGUCUCUGGGGAAGCUGACGGGAUCCCUCCUAACCUUACUAACUCCAAGCUCACCAAACUGUUGGACCGUGCUUCCCGGCGGGUAUCUUGCCAUCCGUCCCAAUCACUUCUAACUUCUAAGUUCCUAACCUAACUCCUCUGGUACAAAGGAUUGUAACGUAUUCUCCUAUACGUUCGAGGAGAACCUGUACAGUAGUUAAUUUUCCUUGGCAGAGCCGUAGAACCCUGCAUGAGGAGGGGCUUCGGGUUCCCCCCGAAUCAGCAUUCAUGAAUACAAGUCCAUGAUGGAAAUUUAAGUGUUACCUCAUUUUAUUAUUCUA